AUGACUGGUUUCCCCUCCUUCCGAUUUCGCCGCCAGAAUGCGAGUAGUGGCUCCAUGAGGAUCUUGUACGCUGAGAGCUACGAGGACACCCCAUCCUAUAUCCCCUACCUCAGACACAAGAACCAUCGCCAGGACACCACCAAGACUUUAUUUGGGCCACGGGAUAUCUAUCACUUCCAGGGCCAAGGGCCGGCUGACGUUUCAAUAACCGGUGGUGAGGAGUUUGAGGUCUUCACACCGUUUCAAUUUCGGACCUUUCGGUUCAUUCUGCUUCAAAUCGACGUUGGCGAGGAGGAAUUGGCCAAUGUUAGUACGAAUAGCAAUGAUGUGAAAACCAAGGAUCUCUGGGACAUUAGUGUCAGAACAUUGGUUAACUGUAUGCACGACUGCUAUGAAGACUGCCCCUUUUAUGAGCAGUUACAGUACGCCAUGGACGUUCGAAGCUCCGCCUUACGCAAUUCUGGCCUAUUCGAUCAACGAAUUGAUCAAAUCUACGGCCUAAGAGCGGCAGAUCUGAUGAAUGCUCUAAUGAGGCCCGCUUUGGCUGAAGAAUAUGUCGGCCGCGGAACGAAUGUAAUCACUUCAAUCAGGAAUCACUGUUUGGAUGGGCAGCUGUUUACAGACGGUCUCGCUGUCUCUGCAGAUCUGAAGCUUGACUACAGCGAGCAUAACCAAAUUUGGGCGGUUCUCAGCGGUGCAGUCGAGGGGGACGCUGCGGUACAGCUGAUGACUCGCGUCUUGUCGCCCGGAGCCGAUGUUAUAAAGACGUCAAUUGCAAUGUCCUUUUAUAAGCUCCGUGGAUUGAGUCAAGUGGGAAGCACCCUCUACGGCGAUCAAUUUCACGAGUUCUGGGCCCUAUGGAGAGACCAAAUUUCCAAAGGGCUGACAACCUGGGAGGAAGACGACGUCUCCCAGCGUUCUGAUUGUCAUGCUUGGGGUAGCUCUCCUAUCUACGAGGGGUUCAUGGCAGAGGUGGCUGGGAUACGGCCGAGGGGCCAUGGAUGGGCCGCUAUUGAGUUCCAACCUAGAGUGAAUCUUUAUUCAGAAUUCAAGGCAACAGUCCCAUUCCCUAUGGUAGAUGGGGAGCCAGGAGGAUUGGCACAUGUGACUUGGGAGGAGGCUAGUUCUGGUCGAAAGCGGGAUGGGUUAGAAUUGGAGGUCCCUGAUUCUAGGGCUGUCCCGGUAUGGGUUAACUUGCCAUCUGCAGAACCAUUUCUAACCGAUGGCAAGAAGAGCAUCCUAACGUUCAUAAUAGAGGUAUAG